AGAAGACAGAGCAAGCAGCCGAUCCCAUCUCUACAUUGGAAUUCAAUUUUCGAACAGAAAAAGAAAAGAAUAAAAAAUGAAGUUUGCCAUCUUUUUCGCAAUUGUAUUCGCUGGAAUUGUCAAUGGACAAAUCGUAAGAUACGAGAAUGCCCUCACAUGGCCUGAAAAUGACCACACACUUGGGGGAGCAAUCGUGGAUUUUGUCUAUGAAGAAAUCGGCAAUGGAUCGUGUCAAGUUUCACUCCCGUCUAUGGUCAACCUUUUUCACGUUGUGAAUGGAUUUAUCGUCCCUGAGAGCAGCAGCCCCGUUGAAGGUCUUUACACGAUCAGUGCACCAACCCACUGGAGUUUAGUCAACGGCACAUUCAAAGUUCUCAUUUUGUUUGACCGUGGAUCAGCUUUUUCUCUGGAAGACAUUGUAUUUGCUUGUGAUCCUCUUGCAAUUUCUGACAUCAACGUUUACUCUUUCCCUCAAACAACUUGAUGGGAGAAAGCUAGCUCAACAAUUUGCUACAGAAGAGCUUUUCCACGUCGGGAGAUGUUUUGACAAUCACUUUCCCAGUCCGAGUCAGAGAAUUCAAUGUGAGUUGCAGAUU